AUGGCAUAUAGGGAAAAGAGAGGGAAAGGCUUGGCUUCUUUUAGUUUGGAUUUUACAGAUGCCGGAAGUUAUGUGGACACUUCGGAUUGCAUAUACUCGCAGCCAAUAUCUGGAAAUUUGACCAUGAGAGAAAAGGAAGAAGUCUUUAAAUUUACACAUUUCUGCGAAAUAAUUAACUCUUCCUACUAUUACACGAACAAUCUGUCAUCACAAAAUUCCAAUAAAAAUUCUAUCACAAAAUGUAAGAACCAGAGUACAUUUGAUGAGGGAAUUACGCGUUACUCGGACAGGUACAGAAAAACGGUACAAAAGCAAGAUAAAAGUCUAAAUUAUUAUUCUUCGAUUUUUUUCCCAAAAGAACUGAGAAUUUCUGGUUUUGGACGAAAAUCAGGUAAAGGAAAUGCUUCCAAGUUUGCCUUUACAACAUUCUCCAAACCCGUCGUGACAGGAAUGCCCUCGCCGAUGAAUUUGGAGGAAAAACAAAGGCAUAUUAUUGAGAAAUUUGAUAGCGUUGAAGAUUUUGACGAAGAUGCAGUCGAGGCAGAGGAGGAGGAAGACGAGGAAGACGAUGAGUUUGAAGAGGAAGAUGACGAUGAUUAUAAUGCCGAAAAAUAUUUUGAUGAUGGCGAAUUUGAUGAUGCGGAUGAGGACGGUGACGAUGAGGUCGCAUUUUAA